CUCCGCGCAUGUGCAGCGGAACCUGACCUUCCAGUGCAGCUGCCUGCGAAGGCUGCGCACACCGAGCGGACUCCAACACGACAGGUUUCAGGAUCGGCGCUGGACACCAUGAACCCUCCGUAAAUGGGUUUAUCCCCACCUCGGUCGUUACUCUCGUCGCUCACGUUUCCCUCGGCCGGUUGUUGUGGAUGGAUCACGGUGUUCACGCCUCACCGAGAAGCCUCACUACGCCCAGUCAGCAGCAGCAGCAGCGGCAGCCAUAGCUGGGUCCUCGACGCUGGAGAAUCCUGUAAUCUUGCCCCACAAUGGCGGUCUUCAGUCACCAGGUGAUCGUGGCAGUCACUAGAUCAAGGGGAUCAUAUUUGUUGUCCAAGAGGAACAGCUGCUCCUCUCUGUCUUCCAAAGCUUAUCUCCACAUAGACCCUCCUCGCCACCUCUUGUCCUCAUCCCCACUCAGGCAUUCCCGCUAUGGCUACCCCCACUGUUACCGAGGCCACGCCCUCGGACGCGGCCACAGCUCCGCCCUGCUCGCCCGCUCGCUACACAGCUCAGGUUUUUGGCUCCAGGAUAUAAAACAGGAGGACACUAAGGCCCCAUUAGCUGCUGACCAGGAUGCUUCUUCUGGGACGAAAAAGGACCCUGUGUCCACUGCUCCCCAGACUCAGCCCCCAUCAGCUCCCACUCCAGCAUCCACCACCGCCACCACAGCAGCCACUGCUCCUCCCGUGCAGGAGAAGGCGGUCGCGAAAAAGUCUCUGUAUCAGAGGAUUGUGGAUGAGAUGAAGCAUUACUACAAUGGCUUCCGGUUACUUGGGAUUGACAUUAACAUAGCAGGGACGAUGGUGUGGAGUCUGUUACAUGGACAACUGCUCUCACGCAGGGAGAGGAGAAGGCUGUUGAGGACCUGUGCUGACCUGUUCCGUCUGGUGCCAUUCAUUUUGUUUAUCAUCGUUCCUUUCAUGGAGUUUCUUCUGCCCGUAUUCCUUAAACUCUUCCCAGAGAUGUUGCCCUCCACCUUUGAGACGGAAUCCAAAAAGGAGGAGAAGCAGAAGAAGGGUCUGGCUGCGAAGCUCGAACUGGCCAAGUUUCUCCAAGAGACCAUCGCUGAGAUGGCCCGAAGAAACAAGGCUAAAGCUCAGACAGAUGAUGAAACCCAGCGCUUCUCCACAUACGUUCAAAAGGUCCGAGGCACAGGCGAGCAGCCCACCACGAAGGACAUUGUCCGGUUUUCGAAGCUGUUUGAGGACGAACUGACGCUGGAGCACCUGGAGCGCCCCCAGCUGGUGGCUCUGUGCAAACUGCUGGAGCUGCAGCCCAUCGGCACCAACAACUUGCUGCGUUUUCAGCUGAUGAUGCAGCUCAGGACCAUCAAAGCAGACGAUGAGAUGAUUGCAGCAGAAGGCGUGCCAGCUAUGAGUGUGUCAGAACUACAGGCAGCGUGUCGUAGUCGUGGGAUGAGGUCUCUGGGUCUCACCACCGAUCAGCUACGUCUGCAGAUUCAGCAGUGGCUGGACCUGCACCUGAAGGAGAACGUUCCUCCGUCACUGCUGCUGCUCUCCAGAGCCAUGUACCUGACUGACCUCAAACCAAAACCCCCCGUCAUCCCACCUGUUCCUAAACUAGAGAAAGCUACUCCUGCUCCUGUGGAGAUCACAGGAACAAGCUCAGCCUCAGUCAGUGCGGACAUGUUGGCCGACCCUGCUCUCAUCAUCAAAGACAGAUCGGUGGAGGAGUUGAGGGACAAGGCUCCUGUGGUCUCAGACAAACCACUGACCGCUGCUGAAGUCCUUCAGGCUAAAGCAGCGACAGAGGUGUCCCAGAAGAGCAAGAUGAGUGCCAACGGUGUGUAAAGAGGAGCGGGAGCCUCAGGACUGAAGGAGAGAUGGACUUGCUCAGACCGGUGUCCUCAGGGAGGGGGAGUGAUGGUGCCAUUAACAGUUUAUAUUUCAGCAGACCUCAAUUAAUUUAAAGCUCCUCUGUAAAAUACCUCUCAUUCAAGCGUCUCUGACAAACAGCAGAUGAAACAACUCAUCCAGGAGUCACAUUGGCUUCUCAUCACUCUCACUGUUAACACCAGGAAAGAUCUGCUUCGCCUCAGCAGCGGCUUCUUCAUACCCUCAACCAUCUAUUUUCACGUUUGUGCAGUCCGUUCUCCGUCACUGUCCAUUAGAGACAAACCAGCCGGAAAUUUCACUGGACUCAGCCCACUGAUGUUAUGAGUUUGUUUGACUUAAUGUCCAAGGAGGAAUGUUCAAACUGCCCAUGGCUGAUCCUGGUCAGUUGUCUUGUUUGAUUGUGUCUCCUUGGGGUCUAGUGGGUCUCCUCUUCAUCCUCUUCUUCCUCCUCCUCCUGUAAAUUUGUAAAUAUCUUGUAUAUUUCCCCCGUCUUACAUUGCAGCAGCUGCAGCUUUGUACAGUUUGCUAUGAAAAGGCCUAAUGUCUCUUCAAAAUGUUUGGACAGUUUUUCUUUUAGCCGUUUUACUUUGUUUUUAUUUGCAAUUUUAACUCCUGUUCAGGACGAAAGAGAAGUUACCCGGGUUCUGCUGGACAUUUCGGUUUAGUAGCUGUGUCCCAACGUCAUGCUGAAGUAGACGCUAAAAGACGGCACAUUCUGAACCUGCAACUGUUCAGGCAGAAUGUCAUAAUCUCAUUUAGUCAGCAGGUGGAGCAGCUGAUGCAGACUGGCCCUGCCUCUGAACAUAGUGUAGUUUCUUGCUGCUUUAAUUAGCAAAUGAAGACAGGGAUGUUAUAAAUAGAGGUGUCACUCCUUGAACUCAGAGGUGACUGUGGUAAAGUGAAGUCUGCUCCCACUGAUAAACCACUGAACGGACAAUCUGUCAAAAAAAAAACAAAUAAUGACACGUUUUAUUUGCAUAUAUGGAUUGUGUUUUUAAUGUUAUGAUGCUAAGAUUUCUCUAAUCUAAAAAGAGUAAAUGCUUGAUGUUAUCCAUAAAGAUAAACUACUAACGUGGGGGAGAAGCUCAAACCCUGAAGCCACACAUGAGAUUGUUAUUUUUGUUGUUGUGGCACUAAAAGAGUUCAAUGUGUAGCAUUAUGACUGAUUCACCCGACUGUCCUCCUUCUUUAAGCUGUAAUAAUACACUAUAUGACCCUACAGGAUUUUUUGGAAGGUUUACCGCAUAGAUGUGUACUGUACAGAAACAGUUAUGUGUGUGUUUGUAACCCACUCAUUCCCCUUCAUACAUCUGACAUCGGAGAAACUCAUUUCGUCGCAGCUCGAUGAAAGUUUGUGUCUCCACCAUUUUUGCUCAUUGCUAUUUAUCCAUAGGCACCUCCCACAGGUGGAGGCCAUAAAUAAAAGGAUCCUUCUUAAGCACACUGAUGGCAAAUGAAGAUUAAAAUAAUUGGUUUUACAUAUGUGCCUAAGGUUAAAGGGCGAUUGGGCUCGUGUUUGCAUUUUUCAUCAAAGAACCGAUUCUCUCUUAUUUUGUCAGUUUGCACUUUGAUCAUUCGCCUCAGUGAGUUUAAAAGCGCCCUGUUGCACAUUUUUUUCUUGAGUGGAAUGUCUCCUUUUCCCAUUUGACCCAAUUUUCAAUCCAAAUCCAAAUUAUUUCCUUAUAAUCGCCAGUGUUGAUGCUGAUGGAAAAACAUUUUCAGUCAGAUCUCCACUCGUGGUGUGAAGGAGAUCAAGAAAAUAAAUUUUAAAAAAUGACGAGUUGCUUUAUCUUUGUGUUUUCUGGAUUCUGAUUACUCCCGAGGAUUCUAGUGGAUGUGAACUGAUUCAUGCAGCUUUUAUAGCAGUUUUCUUUAGAAACAAAUGGUGCUUUUUAAAGGGUGACUUAACACCAGGCUGAAAAGCAGGGUUUUUUCCCCUUUACUUCUUCUGGUUGAAAGUUUCAGCUCAGUUUAACUUCUGACCACAGCCAUCAGCACUCAGUGCAUUUGACAUCCAUCUGGUUUUUAAUUGUGGUCAUAAAAACAAACCUGUAAGUAAACCAGUGAAGUCCCUGUGAUCUAAAGGUGAGAAAAACCUGGAUUUUCAGCAGGUGUUGAGUUAUUCUGAAACUGCACAUGUCACCGACCGGUUGAGAAAGACGUCUCAUGUUGUUGAUCUGGAAGGUUUCCUGAUUUCUUUGAUGGCUGCAGUACUGUGUACUGCCUGAUUAAAAGAUUGUGCUGCAAUGACGCAAA